CAGCACGCUGUCUCUCUGUGCAAGAUUGGGCCCGACCCGACUCGUUUCCGGGUCCUGACUUUCUAUUUUCUACUUUCUCCUCUUCUACCCGCUACAAACCUAGAACGGAACUGCUGCGAGCUUGCGACCGAGGCCAAGUCCUCCGCUGUGUAAAUUUCUGAUCGGAGUACCGUGAAUUCCUAAACGAGGCCGGCCGGCUCCUUCAUGAUUCGCCUAACGAGACGAGUUCAGUGCUUUACCUCAUGCCUCCGUGGCGCCACCGCCGGCCUCUCGCGUUCUGUGAGGACAGAAGCCGGGCCGAACAGGCGGCGGAGCAGGGCGCCGGCUUUUCAGUCGAAGAAGGCGGGCGAGAAAUCAGACUGGUGGAUAGUCGACGGGGAGAUGCACGAAAUAGGGGAGAACGUACCUCCACGGGAGCGCUUCGUGAUUCCUAGAGAUAACAUCCCCAACAAGCGCCGUAAGCAGCUAAGGGAGCAGUUCAUGCACCGCACUCGCCUAGUUCUCAAGGAAUCGGAACACGAGCCUUGGUGCAGAAGGUACAUGGAACUGUAUCAGGAGCUGAGGGAGAACUGGGAACGGCUUUACUGGGACGAGGGUUACUCCAAAAAAAUUGCUAGUGAUCAUGCCAAUUAUGAAUCUGCGGAGGAUGAUGAUCAAGACUUCAAUCCACACAGGAUCAGAAGGUCCGACCAAAUGAAGGCGGGUGGUUCUGACAGAAAUAGACAAGGUGAUAACUGGGAAAGGGCUGAUCAAGUGCGGGAUAAAUUUGAGUAUGAUCGAGACAGAAGAAUGAGGGAGAAAGCAUUUGCUCCAAUGAACCGAGUACUGCCCUUGGACCAGUCUCGUUCAAACCCACGGAAUCAGCCAUUGGACAGAAGGAGGUACUUUCUCGACGAAACCAACUGACAUAGCGAGCUGAAGAUUGUAGGCAGAGAUACAUUCUGGUGCGCCGAUGUGUUCUCGUUGUGAUAUGUGGCAUCUUGUCCGAGAGUACUGAACGGAGAAUAACUUCUUGGUUGUCACUCUGGGGCAUUUUUCAACAAUGCUGCUGCUUGUUAAAAUUUGGGAGAAUGCAGGGCUGUGUGCAGCCUACUCUAGUCUUUAUAAAUUACAACUAGCGUGAUUGUGUGAUCAAGAGAAAUCAGGGAUCUAUCCAGGAGCUCGUCUUUAUGUACUGUAGACUGUAGUAGCAAGUAUGUUGGUUACUGGGCAAUGAGUUGGUCUGUACCGGACCACACCGGACCGAAUUCAUGUUUGGAUCUGGACCACACCGAAUCGAAUAUAGUACGGUCCGAUUCUUGGUCCAACGAAUUUUAUAAAUACCGAAGAAAAAUGGACUGAAUUGAUAUUGGUCCGGUCCUUGGUUCUAAGAUUUUCUAGAGGGU